AUGCUACUAUACUGCUCAAUCAGCCGAAAACACAAGCCCCAUUUGCUCACCAAUGCUUCCAUCGGCGGAACAGAAAGCGACCGAAAAGGCGUCCAUGAAAAGAAAAAGCGCACUUCCCACAUCAAGAUAGGAAGUAACUUGGCGACAAUUCACCAACCAUCCCCCUCCUCCUCCUGCCAAACAUCUGCGCCCUGCAUUCCUCCCAAGCCCAAGGCGAACUCUGAUCGACAAAAUCUGAUAACCAAACACAGGAAAACGAACAGCUUCCCAGGAGCCAGCAAACCGAGCCGUGGUCGCCAUGUUCGGUUCAACUCGGUAGAAUUGCAAGAAUAUGCCGUCACCCUUGGGGAUCAUCCCUUUUGCCAAGGCCACUUUCCGUUGACAUUGGAUUGGAGCCACGGCCGACCCAUCCAUAUGAGUGUAAGAGACUAUGAAGCCGACAAAGCCCGGCGCCGCUACACUACCAGCAAGUGGGAAUUCCACAUGGACGUGCGCGAACGAUGGGAACGAUUGCGGCUGGUGUCCGGUUUGAACGAGACUGCCCUGGCCCACUUGGAACAAAACCGCCAAUAUCACAGACAUUAG